AUGGAUUUCCUAACACUCUAUGGGGUCUACGUCAGACUGUUCCUUGAAUACUCCAACCAAGUUGUCUACUCAGGGCGCACGAAAGACGUCGCCCUCAUUGAACGCGUCCAGCGAGCCGCUACGAAAAUGAUUGCCGGCCUCAAAUGCGUGGAUUACGAUACCCGUCUCGCGAUGCCUGGUCUCUUUCCCCUGGCGUAUCGUCGCCUUCGCGGGGACCUAAUUCUUACUUAUGUCAUGUACGAACAAAACUUGGCCAACAGAUGGACGAAGGCCGCUGGACGACUAGGUAUACCCGAUCCGGGUAGCUUUGGUGAAAGUGUGCAUCCGCAAAUCCGUGUCUUUUGUUGUGGCGUCUUUUGUUGUGCCUUUCAGGUGAACGACAAGAACAAAACCGAUCUGAGAAACUUGGGCAAAAGCCUCGAUCCUGUGUAUCAAUCCGUGAAUCCGUGGGCCAAUCACAAGUCUGUUGUGUCCGACGCAGUUACCGUAUACUACAACAGGGAUACCUUCUUUGCUAUACGGACUUACGGGUCUGUUGAUGGCUUCUCAAAGGGAGGUCGUUUGGACCAAUACAGGACCAGUUGUCAUUUACUUGUGGAUAUGGCGGACACGCAGGAGGCCUACUACCCGAUAGCUGUGUUGAUAGAAGAGUUGAGGAACGAAGACCUACAGUUGCGACUGAAUAGCAUACGGCAGCUGAAAACAAUUGCGCUUACUCUUGGACCAGAAAAAACCCAAUCCCAACUCAUUCCCUUUCUAAACGACACCAUUUGUGACGAAGAUGAGGUCCUGUUUGCUCUUGCGGAACAGUUGGGAACACUCGUACCCUACGUCGGCGGUCCUGAGCAUGCUCCGUCACUUCUUCCGCCGUUAGAAAAUUUCGCGGCGGUGGAGGAAGCCGCUGUUCGAGACAAAGCUGUUGAAUCCCUGCGUAAACUUGCUGUCUUACAUAGUUUGGAAGCUAUGGAAGAGCAUUUCUUCCCUCUUGUCCAGCGUCUGGUGCUGGGAGACUGGUUUACCAGUAGAACGUCCGCGUGUGCUCUCCUAAGUGUCGUCUACCCACGCAUUCGUCCCGCAAAACGUCAGAUUCUAAUGGAGAUGUUGAAGAAGCUAUCAGAAGAUGAUACACCAAUGGUUCGGCGUGGCAUUGCUGGUCGUUUGGGUGAACUCGCUUUGGUCAUGUGCGGUUCUGUGAAACCUACAGACUCACAAUCUGAUGACAGUGGCAGUCCCGUAGUCAACGGGACUCAUGUCAAGUCUGGAGAUACAAGUUCAUCCAGCGAGACAGCACCUCCUGAUGUUACAUCAAACAUCAAAGGUGGAAAUCGGCAGUCAGUAGAUACAGUUGCAGCACUUGGUGGUGAUGCUCCUACAGGACAACAACAAUCUUUAUCAGGUAACCAGGCAACGGGCAGCCGAACUGUGACGGCCGAGCUAGCCUUGGAUCCGACGGUUGAGCGAAAGAAUAUAUUGUCUGUGAUUGUUCCUGUAUUUAGUCGCCUUCUCCUGGAUGACCAAGAAUCUGUUCGUCUAAUGGCUGUGGAGUCCUUUAUGGGUCUGGUUCAGGCAUUGGGGCCAGCCGACACGGAAGCGAACCUUCUAGAUCUUAUUGAACAGACUGUGUCCGACAGUGCGUGGCGCGUGCGGUGUAUGCUCGCCGAGAAAUGUGUUAGCCUGUUUGUACUCCUGUCGCCCCAAGUUGCUCGAAAUAGUUUGGUGCCCCUCUUCAUUGGUCUCUUGCGCGACCAAGAGGCGGAAGUUCGAGCGGUUGCUGCCAGUAAAAUAAAGUCAUUUGCGCGCUGUCUCCUUGGACUUUCGCCUGUCGAUCCGAAUGCGCCCAACCCAUCCAAUCCGGUGGAACAGCUGGAUGCGUCAACGGACUUGACAAAAUCCAGCGAGGCCCCUGCACAAGUUACUCGGAUUCACAUUGACAGUGAUGUUGAUAUGGAGAAGAUGGCGGUUGUGGCAGCGGCCGACGAGACAGUCAUGACCAAGUUAUUACCAGCUAUCAGAACCCUAGCGGAUGACUCAAAUUCCCACGUUCGGUCUGCUCUGUCCAGUGCUAUCCUGGGACUUGCACCGUUAAUCGGUCGGAAUUUGACAGUAGAGCAUUUACUACCCAUUCUGCUAACCUAUCUGAAAGAUGACAGUCCAGAUGUUCGAUUCAACUUGAUAUCUAAUUUGGAGCAAUUGAAUUGUGUGAUUGGCUUGGAUCACGUUUCGAGCAGUCUGCUUCCAUCGGUGAUUCAGUUGGCCGAGGACCCCAAAUGGCGAGUUCGUCUAGUCCUAAUUGAGUACAUGCCUUCGCUGGCUGAUCAGUUGGGUGUACAUAUGUUCAACGGACAGUUGACAGAAAUUUGUCUGGCCUGGCUGGUAGACGAGGUUUGUGCGAUUCGCGAAGCUGCAGUGGAGAAUCUCGUGAAACUGGGUGUCAAAUUUGGAUCAGAAUGGAUGAAUCAGACAUUUGUGCCUCAGGUUGCGACACUAGCCACAGCUGAAAACUACCUGCACCGCAUGAUUUGCCUGCAGAGCGUGAUUCGGCUCAGCGAUAUUGUCGGUCCUGCAGUGUGUAAACAGCAUUUGCUCCCAGUCGUCUUGUCCAUGCAGGCGGACAAUGUACCAAACGUGCGGAUCAAGCGAGAGGUACUGGAAGUUGUGGAGCGUUUUACGUAUCUUGGAAGUUGUAUUAGUUCUGAUUGUAGUGUGACAGAUGAGGUGAAUGCACGAAUCUGCAAGGCUCGGGCCGCGUUUGCUAACUUGAGACACCUAUGGUAUCAGAAUGGUUUAUCACUGAAUCUGAAGGGACGUGUGUAUCAAGCUACAGUACGAGCUGUUUUGUUGUAUGGCCGUGAGACUUGGCCUAUUCGAGCAGCGGAACUGAGACGUGUUCAGGUGUUCGACAAUCGUUGUCUCAGAACCAUAGCUCGUGUGCGUUGGUAUCGGCGAAUCCGUAACGAGGUAGUUAGAAAGCGCGUUUUCGGUUGUGUAACGGGUACUUCCAUUGAAGAAUGUGUCCAGCACCAGAAGGUUGCUCAAUCCCUCGAAAAACUGGGUGUUCAGCUAGACCCUAAGGAUGUCGAAGGCGAAAUCCAAACUUGUCUGCGUCGUCUCGCUGAGGACCCUGAUCGGGACGUUAGAUUCUACACAGAGGAAGCUAUGGAAACCUUGCAUCUGUGCCCGGAAUCCGGGAAGCAAGCGUGCGCAGACGCUCUGCGCACACCAUCCGAACUGGUCAGAAGUGAACUGCCUGGUGAGGAACCUGCUAUAUUGACUGAUACACUUGCUGCGGACCACCCAGUUGCAGAAUAAUGGAUAUCUUCGGGGGACUUGUCAAACGGAUUCAUAAUACUCCCGGUAGACACUCCGAUUCGGUCAGUUUUGUGGAUCCCUCAUUUCGUUCCAACCUCCGUUUACAGAACUUUUGUAUAUGCUUUCCGCUCUAUGUGCCGAUCACAUGAACAGUCACUACACAUCUUGUUUUCACUGACCGACAGACAGCCGACCACUCCGUUCUGGACGGAAUCUGAAUACAUCUGAAUACAGUUUUUUCUACUUCUCCAAAGACAUUUGUGUUUGGUUGCCCACACUUUGGUUACUCGUUUUUCGAUGCACAAAUCUCCGAAGUCAGCUGGUCUACCCGCACCGCGCUAUGCUCCAUAAUCUCUUUUCCUGUAUACACCUAAACCACACUCACAUCAACUUCGAUCUGAACUGUUUUCACACUAGGCGGACUUUUGGCAGUUUGUAUUGUCUUCGCUUCUUGUUUUCUGCGGUGAUUUAAGAGAAAGAACGCUUUCCUUCAGUGUAGCGUUUCAGUGCCAACUCCGUCGCCCAUGAUUGUUACGUACAUCUGUUCGUUGGUUUGUAUCAUUGCCUCUUCUAGGAUGUAAAUGGUAGGAGUCACUUGUCCUUAGGCAUCUAAUGGGAACCAACAUGAGAUCCUUGACUGGUGUCUAAAUGUAUAUGCAUGUAGUGGUGUUUUGGAGUUUGACUGACGUCUUGUUCCUCUCCUGUCUGCUACAAUUGCACGUGAAUCUCGAACUGAAGCAAUAAU